AUCAAAUAUUAUUUCAAAUUUACCAUUUUCAAUUCCUAAAAUUUGUUAAUUAAUCAACACUUUAGCUAAUGACCUCUGCAGCUAAUGACCGGCGGCGAAUAAUUUGUACUCUCCGACGUCGUCGUCCGGCAGAUUCGUUUACACUGCUUUCAUCUUUCUUCCCUUCCUUCCUUGAGGAGUGGGAAACUAUAAGUUGAAAGAAACGAACCCUUCAGAAUCUAAACCUGAAUACGUUCACGUCAAUUUCUUCUAUAUAAGAACAACAACAAGAAGAAGAACCGCAUUCAAUUCCACCAAUUUCUCCGAUCUACUCAAUGUUCAACUCCGGCAAUAACAGUCCCAAUGGAAUCCCUAGCUCCGGCGGAGGCGCUGCUGGAGAAUUCUUGUGGGCGGUGGUCGCAGCUCCUCAGAAUAGAACGGCUGUAGCCGUGACUGCCUUGGCCGGAUUUGCGGUGUUCGCCAUAUUCUACAAGGCUUUUAGACGCCGUCUUAAGUCACCAUGGUCUGUAAGAAGGCCAAAACCCCUAACUCUUCAACAAUGGAGAAGAUUGUUUACAGCAGAUGGGAUAUUCCGUGAUGGUGGAACUGAGUUUUUAAAAAGAGUCAGGAGUGGAGGUGUAGAUCCAAGUAUUAGAGCAGAGGUUUGGCCAUUCCUCCUUGGAGUCUAUGACUUGAACAGUUCAAAAAAAGAAAGAGACGAUAUUAGAAACCGGAACAGGAAGAAAUAUGAGGAGCUCCGUAGACAGUGCCUGCAGCUUCUCAAAUGCAGCGAUGAGAGCUUGAAGUUGAAGGAGAGUGGUGAAACAUUCAGUAAUGGGGAUGAUAGAGGCUCUGAAUCACCUGAUUCAGACUCCUCUGUAGACCCUCAAGCUGUCAUACAGGGUUCCCCUUCUUCAGAAGGCCAAGAAGAAAAUCAGCCUUCCAAGGAGAAAGGGACUGAGCCCCAAUCAAACGAACCUGCCACUGAGAAUUUUGCCACAUGGCAGCGGAUCAUUCGUGUUGAUGCAGUGCGUGCAAAUGCAGAAUGGAUACCUUUCUCCCGAUCUCAGGCUUUAGUGACAGAGGAUAGAGCACUCCGUGCUGCAAAGGCUGUUGGAUUAAAGGACUACGAUCAUCUGGAACCCAGCAGGAUUUUCCAUGCUGCCCGAUUAGUUAAAAUUCUCGAAGCCUAUGCAAUCUAUGACUCUGAAAUUGGCUACUGUCAGGGCAUGAGUGAUCUCCUUUCUCCGAUUAUUACUGUUAUUACAGCGGAUGCUGAAGCAUUCUGGUGUUUUGUGGGAUUCAUGAAGAAGGCUCGCCAUAAUUUUAGGCUUGACGAAGUGGGAAUUCGAAGGCAAUUGAAUAUUGUUUCCAAGAUUAUAAAAUUUAAAGACUUGCACCUUUUCAAGCACUUGGAGAAGCUACAGGCUGAGGAUUGUUUUUUCGUUUAUAGGAUGGUGGUGGUGAUGUUCAGGAGGGAGUUGACUUUUGAACAGACAAUGUGUCUCUGGGAGGUGAUGUGGGCAGAUCAGGCAGCCUUAAGGGCUGGCAUUAGCACGUCAGCAUGGAGCAUGAUAAGCCAGCGAGUGCCACCAACAGAGGAUUUGUUGCUUUAUGCUAUUGCUGCUUCUGUAUUGCAGAGGAGGAAAUUGAUUAUACAGAGUUACAACAGCAUGGAGGAGAUCUUAAGGGAGUGCAACAGCAUGGCUGGGCAACUAGAUAUAUGGAAACUCUUGGAUGAUGCACAUGAAUUGGUGAUGACCCUGCACGACAAAAUAGAGACCGCUUUCUGAUGGCUGCUUUUCGAGUUUGCUAACUAAUUUAUGUACUUAAACUCUUGUUCCGUGGGCUAGUUUAGUCUGGUGCUUUGCUUUAAACAAGCAAUCGUCUACUGUGAAUUGAAUUCUCUGUUAGGCUGCUACUGGUCAAAUGACUUGAGGGGAUUUAUUUAGAUAUCUGCAUUUGAUUCUAGCACGUACUGAAAUGCCAGCAGCUUCUGAAUUCACUGCCAUAGCAUAUCAAACAGGUAAGGCCUGUUGUAUAAUGGACCUAUGUACCAAGGUGGACGAGGUUCAAUUUCAAUAACAUGAUUCUCAAAUUAUUUUUCUUCAA